UAUUUUAUUUGAUUAUUAUAUUACUUUGCUGUGUAACUUUCAUGGAUAAGCAAGUCAGAUUAUUAUUAUUAUUAUUAUUAUUAUUAUUAUUAUUAUUAUUAUUAUUAUUAUUAUUAUUAUUAUUAUUAUUAUUAUUAUUAUUAUUAUUAUUAUAUUUUAUUUUCUGUUUGACAAUUACCAUAAUUACUGUCACUAUAACCACUAAUUUAUUUUGUUGUUGUUCUUUCCCUCUUGGUUCUUUUCCAUAUUAUUUAUUUAUUUAUUUAUUUAUUUAUUUAUUUAUUUAUUUAUUUAUUUAUUUAUUUAUUUUUACAUUUUUUACCCUUUUCUUCUUCUUCUCUUCUUCUUCUUCUUCUUCCUCUUCUUUCUCUCUCUCUCUUUACCUUUGAUUCCCAAAAAUGGCUUUCUUCCAGUCAGUUUGUUAUUUUGCUCUAUACCCAGCAGCAAUUUAUAACAAUAUGUGUAUAUAUCGAAACGGCCCCUGUGUAAGCGGGACAAAGAGAACUUCCGGGUCAGGCCAUAUGUUUCACAAAAAAAACAAAAUCGAAAUUGAACAGUCGUUAUCUGUUUUUUUCUCCGAUGUUGUUUGUGCAUAACAUCGGAGAUAGUAACCGUUAUUCGACGGUUACCUAAUUUCUCGUUCGUUAUCUAAUUUCUUGUUGUGAUUUAAUAAACAAACAAAAAAACAAACAAAAAAAACCGUGUCUGAUUUUAUUUUUUUGUUUCAUACAAAGAAACUGGCUCCCUCAAUAUACACGGAGCUAGCUCCCUUCCCCUGCUCUGUGACGCGCCUUCCUCUGAGCUCCACGGUCCGUUACUCAGCAAUGCAAUAAAUGCAGCGACACAACUUCUCUAACCCACGCAUUGCAGAAAGCUUUGGUUUCAUGGCAUCCGCUCUUACAGCUUCCCAGACAGAAGCAUUUAAUCCACUAUCAGAAACCGAUUAUUUUUUAUUUAUGUAUUGUAUUAGAAUUUCAAACAUUUCUAAGAGAACGAAGACACACAUCAGACACACACGUAAUUCUGGCUUGGUAUGUCUUGGCUUGGAUUUAAAAUUUACUCAAUUGCUAAUGUCUGGUCGUAAGGUAAUGUGCCAGUUCCAUACUCUGAAAACUUACUAAAGGUGUCCUGCACUGUAAACAGCAUCCUCGACUGCAAAGAGAGAAGUGCAGAUCGGAAGGAGGCCGUAGCUAAUGUUAGCAAUAUUUGGAAGCGUGACCAACACGGACAGUUUUUGCAACGCUUGUAAUUUUAGGCGUUGCAAAAAUUACAGCAACGCCUAAAACUACAGGUAAAUUUGAAUACAAUUCUGACUACACAAACCCAAAACUUAGAAUCAGAAUUGUAGUCUGAACUGUUUGACUACAAUUCUGAAACGGCGCAGAAAAUACACGUCAUGGUACACAAUUUCUCCUGCUCGCUGAAUCCAGGCGAAGGGGAGAAAGCCCAGACUGUGUUGUAAACGAGAUUUUUUUUUUCAGCAAGUGCAAAGGAAAUCACUGUAGACGAUGGCCAGGCUAACAUACUGCCUUCUUCGACGUUAUUACGUCACUCCCAACCGUUAUUUGACCUUAUUUUUGUCUUUUCACGUGAGCCUAUUUAUAGCGUAUCUUUCAAAAACGAAUUUGCCCUUGAUCACGUCGUGAACUAUGACGUCUUGUCACCAAGGCCAGAAGCCUUUAAUACGUCAUAGUCACUGGCUUAAUGUAACCAACUGUAAUUCGAAUUUACUUCAUUUCUGUUGGAAAAUACUCCCAGAAAACAUCAGGAACAAUCUGCUGUUUUAAGACAAAAAGCUGUUGAAAAAUAGCAAAGUUUGAAACAUAAGAUAGCUUCGAUAGAGAACUAAGGAAAGAAGAUGAAGCGGAUAAAUCAAAUGUGUUCUGAGGAUCAGCUAGACACUUUUGAAAACCAACAGGUGCAUGCUGCUUUCAAAGAAUUACAAAAUGAAGUUUCACAAAUUGCUAUCUCUCCAGAGACCAGAAGCGUAGGAUCAACUGAUACUGAAGGAAGCCAGUCAAAAUCAUUUCCUUUGAAACGGAUAAAGUCGUCAAUGGGAAAUUCAGCAGGACAACAUCGUAGUCCAGUGAAUUGUGAUGCGGCAGACACUUAUGAAAACCAAGAUGUACGCAGUAUCCUCAAAAAAUUACAAAGUCAGGUUUCAGAUACUUCCAUCUCUCCAGAGACCCAAAGCUUAGAAUCAGCUGCCAGUGACAGUGACCGGUUAAAAUCAUUUCCUCGACAAACGAUUCAGUCCUUAGCAAAAAAUGUGACAGGACAACAUCCUAAUCCAGUAAGUGGUAGUGUGCCAGGGACCUUUGAAAACCACGCGGUACGCACUGCCUUCAAAGAAUUACAAAACCAGGCUUCAACUAUUUCCAUCCCUCCACAAACCCAAAACUUAGAAUCAGCUAUCCUUGAUGAUGGCCAGUUAAUCUCAUCUCCAAAUAAAGUGAUUAAGUCCUUAGCUGAAAAUGUGGCAGGACAACAUCCUAAUCCAGGUCCUUGCAGUGUGCCAGGCACUUUUGAAAACCAAGAGGUACGCGCAGCCUUCAAAGAAUUACAAAAUCAUGUCACAAAUAUUUCCAUCUCUCCAUAUACCCAAAGCUUAGAUUCAGCUGACUUUGAAAAAAGCCAGUUGAAAUCAUUUCCUGGAAAAGCGAUUAAGUCUUUUAUAAAAAAUGUAUCAGGACAACAUUUUACUUCAGUACCUUGUACUGCCUCUGUGCAAGUUCCUUCUCCAGAAAAUUAUACUGCCUCUGUUCAAGUUCCUUCUCCAGAAACUGGACCCUGUGUACAAUUUCAUUCUCCAGAACCGGGUACUGCCUUUGAACACGUUCCUUCAGCAGAGAAGUCUUCUCUCUUUAAAUUCUUUAAGAGGCCUGCUACUGGAACCAUUCCUUCAAAGCUCAGCAGCAUUGGCAGAAAACAUCAUCACUGUCACACCCCCAACAUUUUGGAUCAGGGAACCAGCAAACCAGAAGUAGCUGCUCAGGCUGGGCAACCAGGAGUAGAUCCUACAGCACACAUUAAAGACAGGGCAGGUCAAGACAAGCAAGAGAAAGGAAUACAAUGUUUUGAGCACGGCAUUGCUCAGGGAGAAGAUGAUUGGACUGACUGCUUUUGGAAAAAUACCCCCGUGAUUCUAAACGACUGCUGCUGAGGGAACAGUCUACUGUUCUGAAGAGGCGUCUCUCCAUUUACCUGUCAGCUCACUUAGGCAUUCAAAAAUGUAAUGAAAUUGAUCGGAAACUAAACUCAGAUUACUAUGCUAAGGUCAUAGUUAACAACCUUCUAGGGAUUUAUGGUUCACCAAGAACGCUGAUAAAAGCAGCAGUUAUUCCAGACAGCAACUUCUGCGAUGACUUUGUAGCAUUUGUUGGAUGUGAACUUGUAAAAACGAGAGCAUACAAGAAAUAUGCUAUGUUUAAAAAGAUGCUUUCGCCUUUCAAAAAAGCCUACAAUUGGACUUAUGAUCAGUUCGCUCCAGCCACACAGGUGAUGUUAGAUCUCAGUUGUUGUGGAUUUGCUUUUAAAAAAGACGGUGAAGAUUAUUAGGAGGAUAACAAAAUAAAUCCUCAUUUCUAUUUUCAUAGAAUUUUUUAUUCUAUGGUAGAGGUUUUUUCCUGUUAAAACAGAGUUUUCCCUCUUAUGUGAUGUUAGAUAGA